UCUGGUAGCACGGUUUUCACUUUUUAUUUCGGCCAUUAACAUUUUCCGUCGCGUCGUCUACAUUUUGCAAAAGAUAUGAAUGCAGUAUUUUAUAGAAAUAUAACAACAAAACUGUGAAUAUUGAAUACAAAAAGUUCGUUAGAAAAAUAUGGAGAACAUUAUUUUUUACUAUUAAAUACGGAGUGUAUAUUAUACAAGUGGUUUAUAUCAAAAAAAAAAUUACUGGUUGGAUUGUGUGCUUUGGUGUAUCAUUGUUAGUGACAACAUAGUGCAUUAAAGUAAUAUUAUAUAAAUAAGAAAAUAAUAUGGCAUCGCCUUCGCCAGCAAACAGUCCAAUGCCGCCACCUCAAGCUCCAAGCCCGAUGGGUCCACCUUCUCAAAGCCCGGCGCCGUCGCCUUCACAUAGUCCAUACCCUCAUCAACCUCAAAGUCAAGUUCCACCAGGACAGCCAGGGCAACAAGGUCCACCGGGAGCACCUACUGGACCACAUGUUCCUCCACAACAAAGCCAUAUGCAAGGACCUCCACCUCCAAAUCAGCAUGGUCCACCACCACCCGGUCAUCAUGGUCCGCCUCCUCCCGGACAUCCAGGUGCACCUUAUGGACAUCCUAUGCAACAUGUGCCACAACAUGGACCUCCACAUGGUGCACCGCAAUUGCAACAGCACGGACCUUUACCGCCUAAUCAACAUGGUGUGCCACCACAUGGUCCACCACCACCUCAUGGCCAGGUACCACCCAAUCAGCAUGGACCACCACCACCUGGUGGAGCUCCUAAUGCUGGACCACAAAUAUCACAUCCACCACCACAUGGUGUACCACAACAUGGUCCGCCUGGUGCGGGGCCGCAACAGCAAACGCAGCAAGGUGGACCUCCACAUAUGAAUGGACCUCCAGGUCAAGGUCCACCACCUACAGGACCACCAGGUCCCCCACAAAAUCAUCAUAUGCCACCACAUCAUCAAGCAAUGCCACCUCACAUGGGCAUGCAAAUGCCACCACAAGGCCCAAAUAUGCCACCCAUGGGUUAUCAAACGCACGGCAUGCCGCCAAAUGGCCCCCCUGCUCCUGGACAAGGUCCCCCACCAGGUCCAGAACGUCCCGGACAAGAGAAUCUUAAUGCAAUUCAGCGUGCCAUUGAUACAAUGGAAGAAAAGGGACUACAAGAAGAUCCACGAUACUCACAAUUGUUAGCCAUUCGUGCUACUUCAAAACAUCAGCAUUUGACUGGAAAUCAGGUUAAUAUGCUUAGGACACAAAUAACUGCGUAUCGUUUACUUGCACGCAACAAACCCAUUUCAAUGCAAAUGCAACAAGUGCUUCAACAAGCAUCCCAGCAACAACAACAACCAGUACCGCCAGUACCACAACAACAUCCAGGAGUACCGCCUGGUCAACAACCUGGUCCAAGUGGUUCGCAACCAUUGCCACCAAGUAAUGCAGGUACACCGCCACAAUGUUCGACUCCUCCUGCCAGUCCCUAUACUCAACAAGGUACUAUCAAAAUGCAGCCUCCACAUUCGCAACCACCACAGUUACCGCCUGGCGCUCCACCGCCACCACAAGAACAGCAUCAAAUACCUAACGGAGGUAAACCCUCAGCGCCUAUGAUGGGCGGCGGGCAACCACCAAUAUCUUCACCAAUGCCGGCAACAAUGGCACAAGGUAUUCGCCCCGGUAUGCCACCAGGCCCUGGUAUGCCGUCACAAGUGCCGCCAGGUAUGCAAACACCAAAACAAGGAGCACCGCCACCACAACAACCUAUGCCCAAGCCCAAUCGUGUUACAACUGUUGCCAAACCCAUAGGACUUGAUCCCAUAACUUUGUUGCAAGAACGGGAAAAUCGUAUAGCGGCACGGAUUUCUUUGCGUAUGCAAGAGUUGCAGCGCCUACCAGCAAUUAUGUCUGAAGAUCUACGUUUACAAGCGGCAAUUGAAUUAAGAGCAUUGCGCGUUUUGAAUUUUCAACGUCAGUUACGAACCGAAGUUGUGCAAUGCACUAGAAGAGAUACUACUUUGGAAACAGCUGUUAAUAUUAAAGCAUAUAAACGGACAAAACGACAGGGGCUCCGUGAGGCACGUGCUACAGAAAAACUCGAGAAACAACAAAAGCUGGAAGCUGAACGUAAACGUAGACAGAAACAUCAAGAAUUCUUAGCAGCCGUUUUACAACAUGGCAAAGACUUCAAAGAAUAUCAUCGCAACAAUAAGGCCCAACUGGCACGUAUGAACAAAGCUAUAAUGAAUCACCAUGCUAAUGCAGAACGUGAACAGAAGAAAGAACAAGAACGUAUAGAAAAGGAACGUAUGCGACGUCUCAUGGCAGAAGAUGAAGAAGGUUAUCGUAAGCUUAUUGAUCAAAAGAAGGAUAAGCGUUUAGCAUUCUUGCUCUCACAAACCGACGAAUAUAUAAGCAACUUAACGCAGAUGGUUAAACAACAUAAAGAUGAUCAGAAGAAAAAGAAAGAAGAUGAGUGCAAGCGUUUGGCUCAAUAUAAGAAGGAACUGCUAAUGAGUGGUGAAUAUGUCAAUAUCGAUGAAAGUUGCAUUGCAGCAGAUAUGCGCGUUACUGUCGUUGAACAAGCUACAGGAAAUAAACUUUCUAAUGAAGAUGCACCAAUGCUAAAGCAUUUGCAUCGUUGGUUGGAGCAGCAUCCUGGUUGGGAUUGGGUAGAAGCUGAAUCUGAUGACGAAGGCGAUAAUGAAAUGCGUGAAAUUGACACAAAAGAAAAAGAGAAGGAAGAAAAAGAAAAAGAGGAUACUGAGGAUGCUAUAGAGCCCAAAAACGACGAAGAUGCUAAGGAUCUAAUUAAAAAAGCAAAAGUUGAAGAUGACGAAUAUCGUACUGAAGAACAAACUUAUUACAGCAUUGCUCACACAAUACAUGAAAAAGUUUUUGAGCAAUCAAGCAUUAUGGUUAAUGGACAAUUAAAAGAAUAUCAGCUCAAGGGUCUUGAAUGGUUGGUCUCACUAUAUAAUAAUAAUUUAAAUGGAAUAUUAGCUGAUGAAAUGGGUUUGGGUAAAACUAUACAAACAAUAUCUCUAGUAACUUAUUUAAUGGACAGAAAAAAGGUUAUGGGUCCCUAUUUAAUUAUUGUACCACUUUCUACACUCCCAAAUUGGGUAUUGGAGUUUGAGAAAUGGGCGCCUUCGGUGGGUGUAGUGAGUUAUAAAGGUAGCCCUCAAGGAAGACGUUUGUUACAAAAUCAAAUGCGUGCUACUAAAUUCAAUGUUUUACUUACAACAUAUGAAUACGUUAUUAAGGAUAAAGCUGUGUUAGCAAAGAUACAAUGGAAAUAUAUGAUUAUUGAUGAAGGUCAUCGAAUGAAAAAUCAUCACUGCAAAUUGACACAGGUGUUAAAUACACACUACAUCGCACCAUAUCGUCUAUUACUAACAGGUACACCUCUUCAAAACAAAUUGCCCGAAUUAUGGGCUCUACUUAAUUUUUUGUUGCCGUCAAUAUUUAAAUCUUGUUCUACCUUUGAGCAAUGGUUCAAUGCACCUUUCGCCACAACGGGAGAAAAAGUGGAAUUGAAUGAAGAAGAAACAAUUUUGAUUAUAAGACGUUUACAUAAAGUAUUGCGUCCAUUCUUAUUGCGUCGACUUAAGAAAGAAGUAGAACAUCAAUUGCCCGACAAAGUUGAAUAUAUCAUAAAAUGUGACAUGUCGGGACUUCAGCGAGUAUUAUACAAGCAUAUGCAAAGUAAGGGAGUUUUGUUAACUGAUGGUUCUGAAAAGGGUAAGCAGGGUAAAGGAGGAGCUAAAGCCCUGAUGAACACAAUCGUACAGCUUCGAAAAUUGUGCAAUCAUCCAUUUAUGUUUCAACAUAUUGAAGAAAAGUUUUGUGAUCAUACAGGCGGACAUGGCGUAGUUUCAGGUCCUGACUUAUAUCGGGUUUCCGGCAAAUUCGAAUUACUUGAUCGGAUAUUACCAAAAUUAAAAGCCUCAAAUCAUAGAGUAUUACUCUUUUGUCAAAUGACUCAAUGUAUGACUAUUAUAGAAGAUUAUUUAGGAUGGCGGCAGUUUGGUUAUUUACGUUUAGAUGGCACAACGAAAGCAGAAGAUCGUGGUGAAUUAUUACGAAAAUUUAACGCAAAAGGUUCAGAUUACUUUGUAUUCUUGCUUUCAACUCGAGCUGGUGGUUUGGGUUUGAAUUUACAAACAGCAGAUACUGUAGUUAUAUUUGAUUCAGAUUGGAAUCCGCAUCAAGAUCUGCAAGCACAAGAUCGUGCCCAUCGUAUAGGUCAGCGUAAUGAAGUGCGGGUACUUCGACUUAUGACUGUAAAUUCAGUAGAAGAACGUAUCCUUGCUGCAGCGCGUUAUAAAUUAAAUAUGGAUGAAAAAGUUAUUCAAGCUGGUAUGUUUGAUCAAAAAUCGACAGGUAGUGAAAGACAGCAAUUUUUGCAAACUAUAUUGCAUCAGGAUGAUGGCGAAGAAGAGGAGGAAAAUGAAGUUCCCGAUGAUGAAAUGAUAAAUAUGAUGAUUGCACGUAGUGAAGAAGAAGUAGAAUUAUUUAAAAAAAUGGAUAUUGAUCGUAAAAAGGAGGAUGAAGAGCUUCAUCCAGGAAGAGAGCGCUUAAUUGAUGAAUCGGAGUUACCCGAUUGGUUAACCAAAGAUGAUGAUGAGGUUGAGCGAUGGCAUCAAUAUGAUGAAGAUACAAUUUUAGGUAGAGGCUCACGACAACGGAAGGAAGUUGAUUAUACUGAUAGUCUUACCGAGAAGGAAUGGCUAAAAGCAAUUGAUGAUGGUGCUGAAUUUGAUGAGGAGGAGGAGGAAGAAGAAGCGAAACGUAAGCGUCGUAAACGCAAAAACCGCAAAGACGAUUCAGAUGAAGAAUCCGUAAUUCUUAAAAGAAGACGACGUCAAAAUAUUGAUAAACGUCUUAAGAAACAAAUGAAUAAAAUAAUGUCUGCUGUAAUAAAGUACACGAAUGAUGAUGGACGGGUUCUAUCGGAACCGUUUAUGAAAUUACCAUCACGGCAACGUUUGCCUGAUUAUUAUGAUGUGAUAAAACGGCCAGUUGAUAUUAAGAAGAUUCUACAAAGAAUAGAAGAUUGCAAAUACGGCGAUAUAAAUGAUCUUGAAAAAGAUUUUGCGCAACUAUGCUUAAAUGCACAAAUAUAUAAUGAAGAAGCCUCCUUAAUCUAUUUGGAUUCGAUAGAGUUACAAAAAGUAUUUUCAAAUGCACGUCAGCGUAUCACAACAUCUACUGCCGCUUCAGCUGGUACUGGCAGUGUUGAAGGUGGUUCUGAUAAUUCUGACAAUGACGAUGAUGAUGCUGAUGAUGGUUCUGAGGAUGAAGAAAUUGCAACUACUUCAGCAGCUGCAGUCAAAAUGAAGCUCAAACUAAAUAAAUCUCUUGCAAGUGCACCAGCCACACCAACUCCUUCCACAGUCGGUGGUGGUAGCAGUUCAUCUACAACAAAAAAGCAAACCAGACGAAAACGUUCGCAAAAGAAAUACACAAUUUCCGACGAUGAUGAUGAUGACAUGGAUUAGCUACCACUGGGGGUGGUAUUCUCAUUGAAUACCCAUAUGACGCCUGGAAAUGAUUAAACUAUUUCAUAUUUAAGUCCAAGAAACUUUGUGUGUAAAAUGUUAAAAAUUUAAGUUAUAUUAAUUUUACUUAGUAAUUUUAAAAUGGUGAAAAUUGUUUUGAUUUGGUUCUUUUUAUAUUAUUUCGAGUAGUUUUCCUUAGAGUAUUUUCAAUAGAUGUAUCCCAUUCUAAUGUUUUUAGGUUUUUGCAAUAAUAAUUAGAUAAUACACAUAUAUAUUGCGUACUCUCUU